CUCGUCUCGUGUAUCUUACUAUAACGAGGUGAGUGCGAGAGGCUCGUCUCGUGUAUCUUGCCGCAACGAGGUAGGCUGGACGAGGCUCGCCAACGAUCCCGAAGAUGCCGUCUAGCUCCUUCAACCCUGUCCAACCUCGCGGUGCUAACUAGAUCUGGAUAUUUUGCGAGAUCUAGUAGCGAUUGUUUUCACGUCAUUAGGAGCACCACAGUACCCCCCUGGACAAUGCAAACGGGAGAUGGAUGCAAACGGGAGAUGGCGCGUUAGAUGGCAAGAAAAAGUUUAUCAACAGCGGAACAGGUAGUUAGUGAUAGAAGGGUGGGAUCUGUGGUGAUGGUCCCAUCCUUGUAUCACGUGAUAGCCGACACGGGCUUUGCCACGAAUCCACCACAGUAGGCAUUGCCUGGCUUUGUGUGACCCCUCCCUUUUCCCCUCUCCGGAAGGCAGGCCAUCUCACCUUUCGGAUAAUGACAUAGCCCCUUUACAAUCCUAAGGGCCCUAUUAUACCCGAGGGACAGGGCUAUGGAAAUAUUUCGUAGGCUUCUGUCUUCAACCAUUGUGUUGCUAUGCUUUCAAGAUAUCUACCAACCAACAUAGCAGGACGAGCAGCAGCAACAAAAAUGGACCUCUCUAAUAACUUCAUAUACAAUGCCUCGCCAGCUCAUGUCAUAUUUGGCAAAGGGACCAUCCAAGAACUCCCCGCCGAAAUCUCGCGGCAAUCCCUCAAAGCGCCUCUUCUCCUCUCAACAGCUCAACAAGCCUCACAGGCCGAGAUGCUGAAGAAAAUUCUAAAGGGCAACAUCGCGGGAAUAUUCACAGAGGCGACGAUGCACACGCCUACGAACGUCACAGAAAAAGCAGUUGAAUAUGCAAAAUCAGUUUCCGCUGAUAGUAUCAUCUCCAUUGGUGGCGGCAGCACGAUUGGCCUCGGAAAGGCAAUAAGCUUCCGAACUGGGUUGCCUCACAUCUGUAUUCCAACGACAUAUGCAGGCUCGGAAAUGACGCCAAUCCUUGGCGAAACUGCUGACGGAGUCAAGAAGACAAAAAGCGAUCAAAAAAUCCUUCCCAAGACUGUAAUUUAUGACGUUGACCUCACAAUGUCGCUCCCAGCUUCUAUGUCGGCUACCAGCGGUGUCAACGCUAUUGCUCACGCGGUGGAGGCUCUGUAUGCCCAAAACGGCAACCCGAUUAUAACCCUGCUUGCUCUCGAGGGCACAAAAGCGCUUGCCUGCUCGCUCCCUCGAAUUAUACGGACACCAAACGACACUGAAUCAAGAACAAAGGCACUAUAUGGCGCCUGGCUCUGCGGUCUCUGUCUUGGCUCUGUUGGCAUGAGUCUCCAUCACAAGCUCUGUCAUACUCUUGGUGGCUCGUUCAAUCUUCCACACGCGGAGACACACACAAUAGUACUGCCGCACGCGUUGGCAUACAACGCCCCAGAAAUCCAAGGAGUCAUGAAUCAGUUAGCUGGGGCACUACCAGAUAGUGACGGAGAUGCGAUAAAGGGCCUGAAUGCUUUACUCGAUAGUCUGCAGGUUAAGCGUGGAUUGAAGGAAUUCGGGAUGAACGAAGAGGACGUAGACAAGGCGGCCGAUAUCGCCGUUUCUAAUCCGUACUGGAACCCGAGGAAGGUUGAAAGGGAGGGUAUUAGGGAGCUAAUACGCAGGGCAUGGGCUGGUGAGCCUGCCAAAGCCAAUUUGUGACCAGUGUGGUAUUUAAUCUUUCUUUCAUCCUGCUAUAACCGUCCAGCAAGUACAAUAGGUACAAUAGAUAAAUGCCCCUAUUUUAGACCCGAAUGAAGACUGUGAUGCUCAUCGUUGCAGGACGAACAAGAAUAUUUCAUUUUUCGUUAAUGACUAUUUACGGCUCCCACUCGUGCUAGCGACAGAAGAGUCUAUCCCUACCAUCAAAAGCCCUUUCUUAGAAGGCGAAGAUAAAAGAAAGUACGGGGCUAAAUAUCUCGAGUAAAAGUUUGAGUCUGAGCCAAAGGGUGCCACAUGAAACUUGGAGUCAGGUUCCGUAAUACAAGUGUACGGAAGACUUGCUGGGACUGCGGGACCGGGUGGGAAGUCGCGGGACGUUGGGGAUGUGGAGAUAACAGCUUGGUGGGACGGCGGGAUAACGCACUCUUAGGUUUGAGAAUGGCGCGGAAUCAUGGGCCCACUACUGUGUACAUCUCCUUAAUUCGCUCUCCCAUCUAACAAGCGCCCCUCUUGUGGCCCUCGCUGCAGUUACAUUUUGCAAAAAGUAACCGAUGAUGGUGGAGACGCUUUUACAAAGUCUAUCACCCUCGAAACCACCCGCUUGUUAAUAAUUUUAUUCCCCGCACUUGCCCCUCCUAUGCGGUAUCUAAUGUCUGGUGUUUGCUAUGUCGUGGGACCCUCCUCUACGCGAUAUCGUCCCCGCCGCUCGACCUGCAUCUGAAAGUCAAAGAUGGCCUCGUUAGGCUAUCAGACUCGGGUCGUACGUUUCUAUUUCCGAUAUCAUUCUUAUAGAAAGUUUGGGGCCGUUAUUCGUGCCCUCGAGGUGUUCUAUUCAUUUUAUCCCCUUAUCUUGAAUAAUUAUACAAGAACAUUGACG